GUCCAAGUCACGUAUAUGCUAACCUUUUUUAUCUCCCAGCCCUUUCUGGUGACUCAGUCCACAGUUGUAAUUCCAGUAAAGACCAAAAGCCGUUUCAGACCCCCUAAUCCUGAACCCAAGUACAAAACAGAGAAGGAAUUCUUGGAACAUGCCAAGAAAGCAGGAUUGGUUAUUCCACCGGAGCGGUUGCAGCGUCCUAUACAUUUGGCCUGUACAGCUGGUAUAUUUGAUCCCUAUGUCCCACCGGAAGGUGAUGCUCGAAUGUCAUCUCUUUCGAAGGAAGGACUGACACAGAGAACUGAGCGAUUAAGAAAGAAUGUGGCAUCCCACUUGGCAAUUCGAAAGAUAAAAGAAUUCGAUGUUAAUUUUAAAAUAAAGGACUUUCCUGAAAAAGCAAAGGAUAUUUUCAUCGAGGCUCACCUUUGUCUAAACAGCUCUGACCAUGACCGGCUUCAUACCUUGGUAACUGAACACUGUUUUCCGGACAUGGUCUGGGACCUCAAGUACAAGACCGUCCGAUGGAGCUUUGUGGAGUCUUUAGAGCCGGCCCAAGUGGUUCACGUUCGUUCUUCAGGUUUGGUGAACCAGACCAACAUGUACGGCCAGGUCACCGUGCGCCUGCACACUCGGCAGACUUUGGCCAUCUAUGAUCGGUUUGGCCGGCUGAUGUAUGGACAGCAAGAUGUGCCCAAAGACGUCCUGGAGUAUGUGGUGUUUGAGAGGCACUUGGUGAACCCAUAUGGGAGCUGGAGAAUGCAUGGAAAGAUUGUGCCCCCGUGGGCACCCCCUAAGCAACCCAUCCUCAAGACCUUGAUGAUUCCUGGUCCUCAGCUCAAACCAUGGGAGGAGUAUGAAGAGACACCAGAGGGGGCCCAUAAGCCUCAGCUAGCCUAAUGGCAAAAAUGACUCCUGAGGAGCCUGGUGGUGGCGGUGGUGGUGGCAGCGACAGCAGCAGC